UAUAAAAUGGUAUGCAAGCUUUUAUGUUCUCCAGAGUGGUUUAUCAGGCUGAAUGUUGGACAGCACUCAUCUUCUGUACUGUCUGAAAUGCAAAGUCUGUUUUCCUAGUUGUGACUUGUAGCGGGCCUCUUUUGCCUUUGGGACAUCUGAGGAAAUCAUAGCCUUCUCCUUGACAAAGAAUGUUCAAAGUUCAAAGAGUCUGAUUUUGGCUGCAUAACUACAAAAGGCAUUUAGAAUGUGUCCAAAUGUGCUUUUCAGUAGUUGCAAAAUGGGGACAGGACUUUGGCAAUAGAAAUGAGAAUUGGGGACUGAGUUCUAGAGUUGAGUGGUGUGAAUUGUGCACUGUGGGCAGAGACAAAGCUGGGACUAAAAUGGAGAAGGCAUUGAGAAUAGUAGUAUUUCUUAAACUGGGUGAGGGACAUGAGGGUGUUUGAUAGUGGAGAGUGAGCUUCAGUGUGGCAUAAUGGGUGGCAUUUUGAUAAACAGACAGAUUUGGAACAUGUAUAGGAAUAUUGUGAUGGUAUUUUGUGGACAGUUCUAGAUGUCAUGGAUGGACCAGCAAGAUAAUAUCUGGAUUAUUGUCACUUCAUUUAUUAAUGCAACUCUUGAUUAGUGAAUGAAAAAUAUUUUUCUAACUUGGUCGCUAGGUACUGGGUGGAGGGAACAUGUGGUGUCAAGAGAUACUGGUAAGGUAAUUGUGUUGUAGUAUAUAGAAUUGGUAAUAGUGACUGAACGUACAAGGAAUUGUAGGAUACAUAUUGGGUAUCCAGUGAAUACAAUAGGGUUGCACCAUGGAAGAUUGAUAAUGAAAAUGAUUUAGUUCUCUUAGAAGAGGCUGACUGAAAUAGAUGAGAAAAUAGCUGCUUGAUGUUGAAGGAAAAUAGGCUGUUGAUGUAGAAAAUGCCUCUGAGGGACAAGUGUUGUCAGACAGACCACCAUCAUCAUGGAUGCUGUGAACCAGUUCAUAUGCUGGAGGUUGGGGAUCCACCUUUAUUGCAGCAGCCUCUUCAAACAUCAAAAUCUGGCAUUCAACAAAUUAUUGAGUGUUUUCGUUCAGGAACGAAGCAGCUUAAACAUAUUCUGUUGAAAGAUGUGGACACCAUAUUUGAAUGUAAAUUAUGCCGCAGUCUCUUCAGAGGACUACCAAAUUUAAUAACUCAUAAAAAGUUCUAUUGUCCUCCAAGUCUCCAUAUGGAUGACAAUUCUCCUGAUGUAAAUGAUAAACAAAGUCAAGCCAUAAGUAAUCUCUUGGAAGCCAUGUAUCCAAAAGUGGACAAGCAAGAUUAUAUAAUCCGACUGGAGCCUAUAGAAACAAAUAAAAAUGCUGUGUUUCAACAUGUUUCAAAGGCUAACAGUGCCACUGAGAACAUUGAAAUGAAUGUCACUCCUGUUCCAGCCCCUGCAGAAAUGCCAGAGCCUACCAUAGAACCAUCUGAAGCUCCUGCAGAAGCAGAAUCUGUAGAGAUUCCUCCUCCUCCUCCUCUUCCUCCUCCUCCUCUUGCUAGCAAGGUAAUAUCAACUCCAGAAGACCCAUCCCCAUCCUCAAAACCUGAGUCAAAAUGUGAGAAAUCAGGUUCUGGUCAUCAGUUAAUUUGUUGUCUCUGUAAAAAAGAAUUUCAUUCAAGACGCAGCAUACGUCGUCACAUUAGAAAAGUGCACCAAAAAAAGAUGGAGGAACUAAAGAAAUUUAUUGAAAUUAAAAAAAAGCCAAAUCAGACUGCUGGAAUGGGACGCAAUAAGAAUAUCCUUGUAACCCUGGGCAGAAGUUGUCCUGUGUGUUUCAAAUCCUUUGCUACAAAAGCCAAUGUAAGACGGCAUUUUGAUGAAGUUCAUAGGGGACUAAGGAGGGAUUCUAUUACUCCUGCUAUAGCUACAAAACCUGGCCAACCUUUGUCCUUGGAUACAAAUUCUAAAAAAUCACUGAAGUCUCCAAAACAGAAGCAUUCUUCAAAGGCAGAAUACAAUUUAACUGCCUGCAAAUGUCUCUUGUGCAAGAGAAAAUACAGUUCCCAAGUAAUGCUUAAAAGGCAUAUGCAAAUUGUUCACAAGAUAACACUUUCUACAAAAAGUACUAAAAAAGCAAAGAAGUCCAGUAGUACUGUUAAAACAGAUGUGAAAGUUAAAACUGAACCAGCAGAUUCUUCAGAAUUUACUCCUCCUGUUUUCAGUUCUGCUCAAAAUGAUGCAAAGAUGGCAAAUAAUUCAAAUGAGAGAAAGAACGCUUCGUCUGCCGAGAGGAAGAACGCUUCGUCUGCUGAGAGGAAGAACGCUUCGUCUACUGAGAGGAAGAACGCUUCGUCUACUGAGAGGAAGAACGCUUCGUCUGCUGAGAGGAAAAACGCUUCGUCUACUGAGAGGAAGAACGUUUCAUCUUCUGAGAGGAAGAACGCUUCGUCUGCCCAGAGGAAGAGCGCUUUGUCUGCCAAGAGGAAGAACACUUUGUCUUCUGAGAGGAAGAGCGCUUUGUCUGCUGAGAGGAAGAGCACUUCGUCUGCUGAGAGGAAGAGAGCUUUGUCUGCUGAGAGGAAGAGCAUUUUGCCUGCCGAGAAAAAGAAUGCAGGGACCACUGAAAGAAAGAAUGCACCAUCUGCUGAGAAAAAGAAUACACCAUCAGCUGAGAGAAAGAAUACACCAUCAACUGAGAGAAAGAAUGUGUCUUCCACUCAGAAAAAUAAAGUUAAGCAGGGCUCAGAAAACUCAAAGUCAGCUAAUCAAUCUGUUGUGGGUAGUCCAAAAAAACCAAGGAAACCAAGACUUUCAGCCGGCUUUGAUUUCAAGAAGCUUUACUGUAAACUCUGUAAACGUCAGUUUACUUCUAGACAGAAUCUAACAAAACACAUUGAGUUGCACACAGAUGGGAAUAACAUAUAUGUUAAAUUCUACAGGUGUCCCCUCUGCACUUAUGAAACACGCCGUAAGCGUGAUGUGAUUAGACACAUAACAGUAGUACAUAAAAAGUCAUCACGUUACCUUGGUAAAAUAACUGCAAGCUUAGAAAUCAGAGCAAUAAAAAAGCCCAUUGACUGUGUUCUAAACAGGGUGACAAAAAGAGGCCCUCAGAGGGAUGAAGGAAAACAAAAUGGUUCAAAACAAGAUGUCACCUCUAAUUCACCAGGUAAGAAGUAUGAAGGAGCCGAUGUUGGCAUUGAAGUGAAAGUCACAAAAAACUUUUCUCUGCACAGAUGCAAUAAAUGUGGGAAAGCUUUUGCCAAAAAGACUUUCCUAGAACAUCACAAGAAGACUCAUAAAGCAAAUGCAUCACACUUGCCUGAAGAAAACAACAAAGCCAAAGGGAGAAGUACAAGAUCUAAAGCUCUUAUUUGGUGAGGAACAGCUAGUGCCUUCUUAAGUGUUUGUCUGAUUUUUCCAGUGGUAUGCCUAGCUCAAAUGUACUUUGUAAAUUGAUGCUGUAGGAAUUACAAAAAAAAUGCAUUCAAUUUUUUCAGCCAAAUUUUUUCUAUAGCAUGAAACAAAGAGUUCACUUCUGAACUUCCUUCAUUCAGGACACUGCUGCCCAAUACACUUUUAUUUGUACAGGGUUAGUCCUUCAAAGUUUAUUAUUCAGUAUCAAGUUGUAUUGGUAUAAUACGUAGCAGUAGGUUUUGUAGUUCCAAAGGUUUUUUUGAAAAUUAACUUUGCACUUCUUUGGUACUACCCAGGCUGGAGGAAAGUCUUUUUGUGGGCUGGAUAUAACCUGCGGGCACUGUAUUACCUAAGUCUGGUUUAGUUGAUUAGCAAACAUUUUUUAUGUAGAAUUUUCACAGACAAGCUAAAAUGCUAGACAGUUAUAAUGAUGGCAUAUAAAAUUCAAAUGUAGUUUUGAGGUGCAGUGGCAAUUAAUUGCGACAACUUUUUGUAUUACAUCUUUGUCUUGGUUGGUUGGCGCAAGAUGCCAAACUUGUUAAACCCUGUUUUACCUGAGCAAGUUUUGUUGCUAUUUGGCCCUUUGAACUUUUAACCAUGGUGUUUGUUCCACUGAAAUUGUUUAAAGGGGAAAAAAGUGUUUCAGAUAUUCUACAAUUCCAUUUUUUAGGCAAUGGAAUUAAAUAAAUAUGAAAAAUCAGUUAACAUAUUUUUGAUCCAGAAUAUUUUGGGGCAACUGGCAGUUACAGAAAUAACAGUUUUUAAAAUUAUUACUUGAUACAAAAGAGUGUUGAUCAUUUAACGUGUUUAUUAAGAACGUAUAUCUGUUGAUAUGCCUUAUUUCAGUUACAAAGUUACUCUCUCUCUCACACACACAAAUCAGCUCUCAGUUGUUUGGAAACCACCCUCGGGUUGUAUAUGUGUACUGUUUUUAAAGGCAACAUCAUAAUGAAAUGGGUGAUUACCAAAACCACAAUUAACCACAAUUAAUUAAUUUUUUGUGGCACUGCAUGGUAAGCUUUAAGUGUUGCCCACUAUUUAAACCUCAUUUUUAUUGAGUAGGAGUUAUAAAAAUGUUUCUUUGUAACAUCAAAUGAUGUGUAGUAAAUUUGGAAUUAGAACCACUGAGAUCUUGAAUUGUGCUAUAAGAAGAAUAUUUUUGUAAGCUAUUUUCUUACUAACUGUUUUGACUUGUUACAGUAAUGCCUUGUCCAAUGUUUUCAAAAGUGAUUAAACAAAUUACCUUUGAACUAAAAGCCAGCUGUCCUAGCUCAUACAGUUCAGUAGCGUUGAUCAUAGGAAACAAACGUUUAAAAAAGGGAAAUUUUACAAACAUUUUUGGAAGACUUAUUUUUUUAGGAAAUUAACAGUUGAUCUAUGUGUUCCAUAAGUGGUUCCUACUUAAUACUGAUCUUGCUAAGCAGAUUUUAUGUUCAUUGUGAUAAACUACUAAGCAAACUGUUGCUGUGUGAUGUACUUUUAAAAAUAUUUUUUUAUAAAUGAAUGUAUAUGAGGAAACCGUUGGUUAGUGUUGUUUGAAUGAAUUGUAAUUGAAUUGUAAUAAUUCUAGGAUUCAGUUUAUGGUUGACUAAUCUUUUGAUGUAUUGAGCUGGACUGUACUGAGCUUGCUGCAAAGAUUCAUAGUGACUUUUGCAUGCCUAGCAUAUUUGUACAGUCUUUCAUAUGGAAGUUUACAAGCUACCCACAUUCCCCUAUUUUAAUUGUUUUUAAAUUUUUAUACACAAGCACUUUAAUAGUUGCAGUUUUGUAAAAAAUCAGUAAUUGUUUUGAUAAAACAACACACUAAUGUUCAUGUGAAAUUAGUUCUUGGUUUAUGUAGACAAUUCAUACACAGCCAUUUGUGGUUUCUUAAAUAUUGCUUAAAAGGAAUAUAGCGCAUGUUUUUUUUGCCCUUAAGAUGUUGAAUGACCACUGUAGGUAGCACUUGACCUUCACUGUAAAAUUUGUAAAAGGCUUGCUUAUUCUUGUCUAUUUUAUAAUCAGUUUGAUAGCAAAUACAGUAGCAUACCUGCCCUGAUGUCAUUUUUAGCAGAUUUCUGUGCAUUUUUUAAUUUUUAGAAAAUGUUUAGUGAUGUAAAAUUGCCACAAUUCAGGAGGUACUGUGCAUCUGAAGAACUGCCAUUUUUAAAUAAAAAGUUGGUUGUGUCCCUUGCUUAGGGAAAUGCCUUUUGUCCAUAUAUUCUUUUUGUAUAAAAUAUAUCUAAAAUGGUCAUAAAUAAAUAUUCUUCUAUGGAUAGAUAAGUGUUUGGCCUUUUAGUGCUUUGCACUAAAUAAAAAAACUGUGAAUGGAAAAAAGACUGUAACUGUUGCUGGAUAUGUUCUAUGUUGAAUGUACAUGGUUCUUGGAUAAAUGUACUUUAUUUGGAAAUAAAGCAGACUGGAACUUA